AUGGCCGAACCGACCCCAAGCGCCCUCGAAAAAGGGCCGAAAGAGGAGGAGCGUUCGCAGGAUGAUGAGAAGGAGCGGGACCCUGAUAUUGUCGACUUUGAGGGCCCCGAUGACCCGGAAAAUGCGAUGAACUGGCCCACCCGCAAGAAGAUGCGCCAACUGGUGCUGAUGGCGUUUAACACGUUCAUAACGCCACUGGCGUCGUCGAUGUUUGCGCCUGGAGUCGGCGAUGUGAUGCGCGACUUUCACUCGACCGACCAGAUGCUGGCCUCGUUUGUGGUGUCUGUCUUUGUCUUGGGAUACAUGGUCGGGCCGUUUAUCAUUGCGCCGUUGUCCGAGCUGUAUGGUCGAGUCCCGCUGUACCACGCGUGCAAUGUGCUCUUCCUGAUCUUCACCAUCGCCUGCGCAGUGGCACAAACGCUGCCCCAGCUGAUCGUGUUCCGUCUGCUCGCGGGCAUCGCUGGUGUCUGUCCGCUCACCAUCGGAUCCGGCACCGUCGCCGACAUGGUGCCCAAGGAGAAGCGAGCCGGUAUCAUGGCCAUCUGGGCUCUGGGGCCUAUCAUGGGACCGGUCAUCGGACCUGUCUGCGGUGGGUUUCUGGCGGAAAAUGAGGGCUGGCGCUGGGUGUUCUGGGUGAUUGCAAUUGCAACCGCCGUCAUGACCAUCGGGUGCGUUCUGGCCUACCGCGAAUCGUACGCUCCUGUCAUCCUGGAGCGCAAGGUGGCGCGUCUGCGCAAAGAGACCGGCAAUGAAAACCUGCGCUCCAUCUACGACCGGGGUUUAUCGACUAAAGAGCUCUUCUGGUUCACGCUGGCGCGCCCUGUGAAACUGCUCUUUCUGUCGCCGAUUGUGUUCAUGAUGGCCAUGUUUGCGGCCGUCACGUACGGCUACCUGUAUUUGAUGUUCACCACUCUCACGCCGAUCUUCGAGAACAACUACGGCUUCUCCCCGGGAAUCGCCGGCCUUGCAUAUCUGGGAUUCGGCAUCGGGUCAGUGAUCGGACUGGUCGUGUGUGGCGCCGUUGCGAAUCACAUCGCCGUCACACACUCAGCCAAGGGCUGCUUCCGGCCGGAGUCCCGUCUGCCUCCUAUGAUAGUGGGCUGCUGGUUGAUUCCGAUCGGACUGUUCUGGUAUGGCUGGUCAGCCAAGGCCCAGACCCAUUGGAUUGUGCCUAUUCUCGGCACCGGCGUGUUCGCCGUGGGAUUGAUGACUGUCUUCAUGGCGGCAAACACGUACCUGGUCGACUCGUAUCUGCGGUAUGCUGCCUCCGUGACGGCGGCCAACACCGCCAUCCGGUCGUUAGUCGGGGCAGUGCUGCCUCUCGCGGGACCGGCCAUGUACGACUCGCUGGGACUGGGCUGGGGCAAUUCCUUGCUGGCGUUUAUUGCGCUGGCGAUGUGUGCCUGUCCGUUGUUGUUCUGGAAGUACGGCGAGAAGAUCCGGACGAAUCCGCGGUUCCAGAUUAAUCUGUGA